AUGGUUAAGAAUCCUAACACUUUUGGCAUGGAUAGGUUAAGAUAUGAGGAUCAGAUGAAAGAUCCAAUGGUUUCUGGUGUCGAGGUAGAAAUUCUGGAUGAAUCUUAUACUAUCCCUUAUGAUUGUCGUAUCCAGGAAGGAGGUGCACUGCCUAAUCCUCCAGUAUGGAGAAAUAUAGUUAUGGACCGUAAGGGUGGAUCACCUCAGAUUGCUGAUUCAACUGUAUUAGUGCCUGUAUUGUAUGAUGGUGUUUGGACUGUCGAGGGUUUCAACUGGGUAUUCAAUUCCCCAACAAGUAAGACGUUGAUGUUUGACAUUGACACUACUCUGGAAAAGUUGAGUGAAGUUUUGUAUGAAGAGUUGGAUGUGGAUCCUUUGGUGUAUGAACUGAAAUUAGAAGUCUGUUACAUGUACAUGAAAGGCACCAAGUUUCCGCCGGAGGUUUUAGUGAAAGAUAGUCAACUACGAGUGUUUUUGAGCAUGAAAGCAAAGAUGAGUGUGGACAACUUGCUGCCACUAUUUGUGACUAAGGGGGUUGGUUUGAAUGAGCAACUACCUAUUAAUAUAGAUGACCACAGAGCCGAUAUCGCAUUUGAUCAUUUAGAUGAGUUCGAUGGUCCCUAUUACAACGAUGAUCCUGUGGUAGAUUUGGAUGAGGAUGAUGAUGUGGAGGAAGACAUAGAGGAAAAUCAUGUCUAUACGACAUCUCUUAGUGGUACGCCUUCAGGGGAGAUACAUCUUGGCAAGUUGUACACAAACAAGGAAGAAUUUAAGAAUGUAGUGGGAAGGUAUGCACUGAAAAAGAAUUUUGAGUGGAUGGUGAGGAAGUCUGGCACUGAUGUGCUGUAUGUUACUUGCAAGGAUCAAAAUUGUAAAUGGAGAUUAAGGGGGAGGAAGAAGGCACGUUGUGACAUGUUCGAGGUUACUGUGUUCCACAACGAACACACAUGUAACUUGGAUUCUAGAAAUUCUGAUCACCGUCAAGCAGCACUGUGGGUUAUUGGCCACAUUAUUAAGGAAAAGUACACAUCAGAUGGAACUAAGUACAUGGAAAAAGACAUACAGAGGGAUAUGUUUAAGGAAUAUGGCAUCAAGAUUAGUUAUGAGAAGGCUUGGAGGUGCAGAGAGAAGGCACUUACGUAUGUGAGUGGUACGCCAGCAGAAUCUUAUACAAAGUUAUAUGGUUACUUGUACAUGCUGGAACAGAAGAAUUCGGGUACUAUUACUGACAUUGUGAGAGAGGACGACCGGUUCAAGUACUAUUUUUGGUCACUGGAUGCUUGUAGGAGGGGAUUUAAGUUUUGUCAUCCUGUGAUUAGUAUUGACGGAACAUUCUUGAAGACAAAGUAUGGGGGCACAAUGUUACUUGCUGUUGCAUACAGUGCAAACAACCAAUUGUUUCUGAUGGCCUUUGCAAUUGUCGACAGUGAGAACCACGACUCUUGGAAGUAUUUCUUGCAGAAGUUAAGGGAAGCCAUUGGGGAGGUUGAAAACCUUGUGUUCGUAUCGGAUAGGCAUCAGAGCAUUGAACAUGCUUUCGAGGUCGUUUUCCCCGUAGCAUGCAAAUGUUUUUGCUUUAAACAUAUUACUAUGAAUGUCGCGCACAAGUUCAAGACUGAUGUAUGUAACACGCAAAUAUGGCUGGCAGCCUACGCAUGGUCGAAGACUGAAUGUGAUAGACAUUUUGAGGUGCUCAAACGGAUGGAUCCUCCCAUUGCUACAUACGUCGAGCAAAUAGGGCUUGAAAAGUGGGCUCGUCCUUAUUGUCCAGGCGAUCGGUACAACAUAAUGACAAGCAACGCCGCUGAAAGCUUCAACAACGUGACAGAAGAAUUCAGGAAAUAUCCAAUAACUACUUUGGUUGAAUUCACCAGGUUCACACUACAAAAUUGGUUUGUUGAUCAUCUCGAAAAUGCAAGUAAGUGCACUACCCCUUUGGCAACUACUUUUGAGAAGGAUUUAAAAGCACAACAUGAAGAUGGUAGGUUCAGGAGUGUCUAUCGUAAUGGUGCUCAAUUAUUUAAUGUUGGUACGAGUCCUGAAGGUCAGAUAGGUGGUGAUGUGGACUUAGUCGAGAGAACAUGCACAUGCGGAAUGUUCCAAUUGCUAAAAAUCCCUUGUCCUCAUGCAUGUGCCGCAGUAAUUAGUCAGAAUGCUAGCCUGUACGCACUUAGCUCCCCAUACUACACAAAAGACACGUGGAAGAAGACCUAUGAUGCAACAAUUAAUGUUGUCGGCGAGGAGGAUGAUUGGGUACUACCGGAACACAUCAAGAACAUGAGAGUCGGGGUACCAGUGGAUAAAAACCGGUGGGUCGGCCUAGGAAGAGCAAUGCAGGUAGAAGACCGACGAAGCGUCGCCCAUCUAAUGGUCAAGUGGUUGUGGAACCUCGCCAUUGUACUAACUGCGGUGGUUCGGGGCACAACAGAGCUACAUGCAAAGCUCGAGUUUGAAGCUUUUCUCUAUUAG